AUGGCGCUGACUAGGAUACUGACUACCGUUGCUACAUGCUUCCUUGUGUUCGACACAGUUCUCGCUGCUGCCGAUGCAGCUAAUUCAUCACAGUAUGUUGUUCCCAACGCGGCUGGAGCCACAGCCCUUGACCCUGCCAAAGUCCAGAAGUACAAGUCUCUACUGGAUCACUUCGAUUGGAAGGAAAAGUGGGAAAACGGGUUCAAAUGGCACGAUAUCGUCGACGAUUACGCCCCGGCCAAUGCAGACUGCUCACCGAGAUGCCUGACUUGUGCCCCUGGGUGUAACCCGAGAUGCUGUGCGCUUGACACUUCACCGGCGACCACUGACAGGAACUUUGGCUCUCCUGAUACAUUCAUCUCUCGUCCGAUCUUUCCCGAACCAGGACCAGGAGAAGGCGCGAUUCGUUCGGAACGAGCUCACCUUGUCGACGAUGACAUACAGAAGAACCUUCUCGACCGGAUCUUCCCUAUUCAAGAGCAUUUCUGGGGCCGCCCAAAGCACCCUGAAGCCUGUCCGUGUUACUGUGCCCCGACCUGCCCAGCAUACAUCCAAGCAAUCUGCUGCACGACCCCGGGCUCCGACUCCCGCGUCAGCGCGCCCCCGAAGAAACUGCACGACGUCCUUGCGAUGGUCACGGCAACCACGUCUGGAGAUCCGGUCUCGGUGCUAGCCGCCAUCAACCUGACAGUCUUUGACAGUUUCAUCACCAUGAAUCUCGUGCGUGGGUUGAAGCGAGUCAACGAAGUCACGUACAGCGACGACACCAAGACGUUCGAAAUCACGCUAGGCGUCACGGUCGGGCCCAAGGAGACCAAGCAGGCGCUGGCCCACACGUUUGUCGUCGUUGACGGGUCGCGACUAUUGGAGGAAGAGCAGAUCCUGCUCGGCGCGGGCUUCAUGAACAGGAUCGGUGUCCGAGAUGGGGCGCGAGUGGGAGCCGUGAAUGUGAACAAGGACUUUUUGACUCCGCUAGAAGAGGGGCUCCCUGUGCUCACAGGCGUUGAUGAAAGUGAGAAAGAGAAAUGA